GUCGAGAAACGAAUAAAUUUAAAAAAGCGCCAAGAUAAAUUUUGUGUGAUUAAUAUGAUGGAAACUAACUCACAUCGUGAUCAAGAAAGGAUUCGGCAUAGAAAAUUAGUCUCACAAACACUACUGGCUGCUAACAUGAUACCAGGCUUAGUAGAAAAUGGGAAGUCAAGAGGAACAUUGGGAAAGACAUGCAAAUAUUUAAAUGAAUAUUUAGAGUUUUUAACGCAUUUUAGGAAUAUAUUAUCAUAUGAGAGUCAAUCCUUAAAACUUUCAGCAUUAACAGAUAAAGAAAAUAGUAGCUUAUUCAACAUAUUAGGACACACAAAUAUGAUCAAUAAAAAAAUUCCAUCCCCUCAAAUUGAAAUAUUAAAUGAAGAUGAACCUCAUUUUAAUCAGCACCUACAUAUAAAUGAUUCUAACAAUAAUCCUUUUAAUAACUUAGCCUAUGAUUCUAUAUAUUCUCAAGAUAUCAUUGAUUCAGGAUAUAUAGAAAUGAACUCAACUAUAGAAGCUUUAACUAAUUAUCAAAAUGGGCAAUCAGAUAUUUUUUAUUCAUUGAAAACAUACAAAAUUAAAGAUGAUUAA